UGCUUGGAAGGAGUCAGUCUUCGUUUGAUAGGGGACUCGCUUCAUUAGCUUACAGAGCUACUUUCCGACCCAAGAUGGGGGAUACUAAGCUCUGUCUUUUGCUGCUGCUGAGCUCUUACGCUCUAGCUCAACAAGACGUGGGGAGUGCAGAGGAAUCGACUCCAACAUGUCUCUUGGCAAAACGCUACAAGAACUUCAGGAACUACGUGUACCAGUAUGAAGCUGAAACCUACAAUACCGUGAAUGGAGCCAGCGACACUAAGAACGGACCCAAAGUCAGCUGUAAGGUGGAGAUCGAUGUCCCUCAGACAUGCAGCUUCAUCCUGCGCACCACCGAGUGCUCCCUGAGCGAGUUGGUGGAUGGCGUCUACAGGCCCUCCUCCGAGACAGACGCUUUCCGCGUCGCCAUGGAGAAGAACUCCCUGAAGGUGGCUGUUAAGGGCGAGACCGAAGUCAAACUGUUCCCAGAGCAGGAUGAGCCCACCAACAUCCUGAACAUCAAGAGGGGUAUUGUGUCUGCCUUGAUGGUGCCUUCUCUGGAGGAGGACAAGAACAACAACAUGGCCACCGUCCAUGGAGUCUGCCAGACUGGCUUCAAGGUCAACGCCAGGGAGGACAUUGCCACUGAUGUGACUAUCACCAGGGAUUUGUCUGCCUGUGACGGCUUUGUGGCACAGAGAGAGGCCACCAGCCCCCUGGCCAUCAUUACCGGCAUGCACUAUCCUCUGUCCAAGCUGAUCGAGAGCACCCAGACCUGCACCUACCAGUUUGACAACCAGAAGAAGCACAUGACCUCUGGCAGCUGCACAGAGAAGCACAUCCUCCUGCCCUUCUCCAACAAGAACGAGUAUGGAGUCUCCUCAAUGGUGAAACAGACACUGACUCUGGAGGGAACAAACAAGAUCAACGACAGAAUCUUUGACUAUGAGGAGGCCAACCAGAAGACUCUUUCCAUGGAGGCCGCUGAUGACAAGAACACCAUCCAGACCACAGAGGCCAUGCUGACCACCUUCAAGGAGCUCAUCAAUCUCCCCGAGUCCCAGGCUCACCAGAGGGCCAGCACCUUCCAGAAGCUGGUGUCCGAGCUCCGUACCUUGACCUACGAGACCAUGAAACCUGCCCUCAAGGAGAUGGUGGACACCAACGUGCCCCUGACCUUCCAGUCCCUGGGCCAGUGCGGAACCCCUGAGUGUACCAGCGCCAUUCUGCAGAGCCUCAGGCACUUUGACGUCGACGCCCUUGAAAUCGAUGCUGCCACCUACGCCGUGGCAAGGCUGUCCAACCCAUCCGCUCGUCUGGUCCAGGACAUCCUUGAGAUGGCCAAGUACAAGCAGAGCAAGGCCAUCAUGUUCGCCCUGAGCCACGUGACCAAGAGGCAAUUUGUGGCCGAGGGCAAGAUCACCCCUGAGAUUGUUGCAGUCUCUGAGUUCAUUGCCACCAUCCUUGGAGGUGACUGUGCUGGGGACAAGGAUGCCACCUUCCUCGCCCUGAGGGUCAUUGGAGACAUGGGACUAGUCAUGGAGGAAGCAGAUCCCACUCUGCAGAGCACUCUGCUCAAAUGCAUGAGACAGCCAACCACCACCUUGUCCGUCCAGGUCGCUGCCAUUCAGGCCUUCAGACAGAUGUCCACGACUGAUGAGGUGCGCUCCAACCUCCAGCGUGUAGCCCAGUACGCCAAGGGUGCCGUGCAGAAGAGGCUGGCUGCCUACCUUAUGGUGAUGAAGACCCCAGAGGACCCCAGCAACAUUGAGAUGGUGAAGAAGAUCCUCACUCAGGACAAGAACGUUCAGGUCAAGGCCUUUGUGGCCUCCCACGUCAACAACAUCAUCAACUCCAACGAUCCCUGGACAUCUACGUGGGGUAAGGACAUGGCUGAGGCCCUCCAAGGCAUUGAGGUUGAUGCCUCAGGCGACAUCAGAGAAUACUCUCGUAAUUACAAGACAGACGCUUACAUGCCCCAGGGUGAUGUUCACACAAGCAUGCAGGGCAAUGUCAUCUUUGACCCAAGCAGCCAGCUCCCCAGGGAGAUUAUGCUUCAGACCACCCUGCAGGUCUUUGGACAGAGAGUUGACCUCUGGGAGUUUGGCAUGGAGGGUAAAGGCUUCGAGCCAACCAUUGAGGCUUUGUUUGGGAAGAACGGCUUCUUCCCUGACACAGUGUCAAAGGCCAUGUACUGGACUGGAGACAAGAUGCCCGAGAAGAUGGUUGAGAUUCUGGAGAACUGGGGAAUACCCAUGAAGACUGACAAACAGGUGCCUGAGAAUCUGAUGAGGGAGGUUGUGCGCAACUUCAACAAGCUGGCCAAGAACGUGAAAGCCCAGGAGUCUCCAGAGGCCAUGGCCUACUUGAGAAUUCUGGGAACUGAGCUUGGUUACAUCAAAGCUAACGAGCUUAUGGAAUAUGCCGAAUGGACCCACAUGUAUACUACUGGUCUCGCCAUGCAAUUGUCCAAACACUACCUGCGAGAGUGGACCUCUGGCACCGACAACACAGUCACUGCCCACUACAUCCUCAUGGACAACGGGUUCUCCCUGCCCACGGCCACUGGCUUCCCUCUCAAAGUUGCUCUGUCUGCCACCAUUGUUCCCAGAGCUAAGGGAGGACUGAAUAUUGCACAGCCUGUGCAAGAGCUGUCCUUCAUGCCCUCCAUGGGUCUGGAGUUCGUGACAAAGAUGGGAGUCCACAUCCCCAAAUUUAUGGAUACUGGUCUUGAGAUGCACACCAACAUGUACCAUGAGAGCAAGCUCAAUGCCAAAAUCACCAUGGCCAAGAACCAGAUCAAACUGUCCAUCCCUGCCCCUGAAGGCUCCACCCAGUUCUUCCGAGUCAGCAACAGACUCCUGUCUGUGAGCUCUGGCCAGGCCACCCUUAUGCCCUCUGUGUCUGAGGCAAGAACCAAUGUCCAGGAGUGCGCCCCUCUCUUCAGUGGAAUCAAGUACUGCACCACCGCACGCUACUCUAUGGCCAACUCUGAUGAUGCACCCUAUUUCCCCCUCAAUGGAGAGACCAAGUUUGCUGUUGACAUUGAGCCUACUGGUGAAGUCUCUGAGUACACUGCCACUGUUACUUACGAUGUGCUCUCUGAGGGCAAAGAGGGUCGCCAGAAGGUCGAUUCCAUCAAGGUGGCUCUGAAGGCAGAAGGAUCUCAGCCCACCGAGGCCUCUGCUGCCAUUAAGUACAACAGGAACAGGAACGUCCUCACCACCAGCAUCCAGAUCCCUGAUUACGAUGUGGAGGCGGGCAUCAAGGUUGGCAUGACCGACAGCAAGUCCAGAGGAAAGCAGAUCACCAUUGACGUCAGCAACCACAACAUCCCCAAGAUGUCCCUUAUUGCACGCGCCAAGAUGGAGGCCAUGAGGGAAGGUCUGGUGCAGGCACAGCUGAUUGUGCCUUCCAUGAGCACUGAUGCAACCCUGACUGCUACUCUGAGGAAGGAUGCUGAUCUUACCCUGGAAGUUGAGAGUGACAUCAAGCUCCCAGAGACCAACUCCUUGCAGAGGGUCACCUUCAGAUAUGGAGAGGAGAACAUGGAGGUGCAGGUUAAAUCAGACAUGAACACAGAAAUCCACAAGAUGCUGCCAAGCACAGAGUCUGCCCAGAGCUGGCUGGAGCAACUGAGCCAGGACAUCCUGGACCAGAAGGUGGUGAAGACCGACAUGAAACUGCGUCACAUCUACAACAAAGCUAUUGAGGCUUCCCAGAUCUGGAUGGACAAGGUUUCCACCAAUGCUCCAUACAUUGCACAGCUGAGACAGAACAUGCCAGAGCUCGUCAUGCCCACCAUGCCUGAGAAGCUGUACCUGCAAACGGAGGGUGCAUUCAAGUACCAGUUCAACAAGGACACAAUCACUGUGACCAUCCCCCUGCCAAUGGGCGGAAAGUCCUCCGAGGACCUAAGCAUCCCCUCUGUUGUGUCGACCCCUGAGAUGUCUGUUCACCAGGUUGGUCUGAUGGUUCCUUCCCAGCAGUUCACUGUCCCAGCCUUCUCCAUCCCAUCGGAGUACGACCUGACACUGCCCAUGUUCGGCAUGGCUGAGGUCUCUGCCAAGGUCAACAGCAACCUCUACAACUGGGAGGCCACCGUCUCUGCUGGCAAUGACUCUGUUGAGGCUCCUGCCUACGUUGCCAAGUACAGGAUUGCAGCUGACAGCCCAAUUGACAUCCUGUCCUACACCACUGAAGGAUCAGCAAGAAUUUCUGAUGCACCUCUGGAAACCUUGAAGACAGCAGUGACUUUCAGCCUGAACCACAAGUACCUUACCACACGCGUGAACAUGGAACAAUCCAACAUUAUCCAAGACAGCGUGAAGGCAACAGGCCAGUAUGAGAUCGAAGCAUUCAGCCCUCUGGGUAUGCAGACAUCCCUGAAGUGUACUCUUCAGACCUCCGUUGCCUCUGAGAUCAAUGGAGACUUCAACGUGGAUGGAUCAUUCACUCUUGGUUCAGUCUCUGGAAGCACCAGUCUCACCUCCACCUACUUGGUUAACCCUGGCACAGAAGCCACAGCCGAAUCAACAUUCAGAAUGAGCACCCCAAUUGCCCAAAUUAGGAACAAAAUGAAGUUGUCUGUUACCCCAGACCAGAAGUCCUUUGAGUCCACCACCAAUGUCAACCAUGAGGUUGUCAAGCACACAACCAAGCUCACCAUUGAACACAAGGAUGCUGAGUUCACCGUGAAGACCGACUGUAUGACCAAGGCUGCUGAGAGGAUGCUGCGCAACCAGUUUGAUCUUUUUGCCACCAUGGAGAAGGUCAGUGUGAGGUUCGAUUCUCAGGUUGAUGACCAGGCAAACCGUGCCGUGGCUGCCAUCAUGGCAUCCCUGGACAACAAUGGCCUGGAGAUGAAUGCUGAUGCUUCCCUCAACUAUGAUGAAAACCGCAGUGCCCACAAGGGUGUCUUGCUUCUGAACAGAAAUGGCCUGACCACGAGCUGCACCACCAACCUGCAGAUCUCUGCUCUGAAUGUGGAAAAUGCUGUCCAGGGUACCUUCGACUCAACUGGUGCCACCAUGUCUGUUUCCGGCAAGGGAACCUUCCAGGAGAAUAGCUCCGAGCUGAAGAUCGAUGGCAAGGCUGGUAUGUCUGAGGUACAUCUGAAUGGCUUGUUCAAGGCUGAUCUCUUUGAUGGCAACACUAGGAACCUGGUGAACUUCCGUCUGAAUGAAGAUGGCCUGGUCCUCUCUAACAGCAUGGCUGCAUCUUAUAAUGAGAUCACCACUGACACCACUCACUCUCUGAAGAUCAACCAGGCAUCACUGAAAUUCACCUCAGUGUCUGACAACAUCAUUAGUGAGAGCAACUCCUACAAGCAUGACAUUGCCAUUGAUGUGCAGAGAUACAUUUUGGCCAUGAUUGUGAACAACGAUCUCAAGAUCUUGGGUGCCAACUUCAUCAAUAAUGCCAAGUUUGAUGCAGAGCCUUUCAAGAUGUCAGCCACCGGACUUCUGAAGGGAGCCUAUGGCGAGGAGGAGCUGAGACACACCUAUGAGAUUACCUAUGCUGACAGGACUGCCUCUACUAAGUGCACCAGCAACGGAAAACUCCUGGGUGCCCAGAUGACCCACAGCUCUGAGCUGGAAAUCGCUGGACUCUCUGCCAAGUACAACGGAGAAGCUCGUUUCAACUCCCCAGUCUUGCGUCUCUCUGGUACCAUGACGACUGAUGUGAAGCCCUUCACCGUGACUGUUGAUGGCAUCCUCAACUCUGACGGGGAGCUGAGCCUGUAUGGAAAACAGACAGGAGAACUGUACAGCAAAUUCCUCCUCAAGGCUGAGCCUCUGCAUGUCACACACUCACUUGAAUGCCGGGCCUCUUCCUCUCAUGAGCUGGACAAUGGAGUCACUGUUGCAACCAGCUUCCAGAACAAGAUCGACAGUCUGCUGGUUCCCGAAGAGCAGAGCAUCUCCAUGAAAAUGGAAUCCAAGGUGAACAACCAUGCCUUCGACCAGGAGGUCACUGCCUACAACAAAGCUGAGAGAAUGGGAAUGGAGCUGACCGGCACCAUCUCCACCAACCUCCUGAACAAGGAUGGUGAUAACAACCAAGACUUUGCCAUCUCUGGUUUCCUGAAGUACGACAAGAAUAGUGACAGCCACAUCAUUGAGAUGCCUUUCAUGGAUGUCCUGCCAGUCAUCAUGGAAAAGCUGACCAUGACUCUUCAGAGAGUGACAAGACACACCAUUGACAUGCUGGAAGACAUUGAUGCCAAGUACAACAUCAGGGCUACUUUUGAGGAGAAGACAACUGAGCUUAAAGAAGUCAUCGAGAGUUUCGAUGUGAACAUGUUUGUGCAGGACUUGAAGAACUUCAUCAACUCCAUCAGCAUUGACAAGUAUGUGCAAAUUGUGCGUGAUAUUGUUCCCACCGAGGAAAUCACCAGGGUCCUGAAAUCUAUCUGGCAAACCAUUGUCACCUGGGUCAAGAAAAACAACAUUGUUGAGAAACUGAAUGCAGCCUACAUGAAGGUUGAAGAGAUUGUGGCCCAGUAUGAGAUUGAGAACAUCAUUGAGCAAGCCAUGAAUAAUGCUGUGGAGAUUAUGAAGCAAUACAAGGUGAAGGAAACAAUGCAAGAAGCUGUUGAGACUCUGAAAUCAGUUGACUUCCAACCACUGAUUGAGAAACUCACAGAGAUGCAGAACAAACUUGCUGAGGAACUGAAGGCAUUUGACUUCCAGCAGAUGAUGGAUGACCUCAAAGAAUAUCUGAACAGAAUCCUGGAGAACAUCAAGUCUGUUGACUUUGAGAGCUAUGCUGAAGUUGCAAAACAAAGAUUUGUCGAGAUGAGCCGUGUGCCUUGCUUUGGUAAGCUGUAUGGUGAGUUCAAAAUCACUUCCCCAGAGCACAACCUGGCAACCACAGCUGAGUUCCUGAACUCAACAACCACAUCUGAAACACCAGAGUUCAGUGCUACCCUCAACUCUCAACUGACAUCUACCUUUGACCUUUUGGCAUACAAUAUUGACGCCACUGCUCACAUUGCUGCCCCUAAGAGAAACCGCCUGUCUCUUACUGAAUCAGUCAAAGUGAACCACAUGUCCUUCUCUGUGGACCACCAGGGAUCAACAACUCUCUAUGGCAUCACAGGUCAGGCCUCUGCCAAGACCACCAUCAAGGCAACCACUGAGCCCUACACUGCUGAGUUUGUCAACAAUGCCUUCCUUGCAUUGGAGAGUGGAUUUUCCACCACACUGGAGACCUCCUACAACCACAAAGUGAACAUGCCAGUGGCCAACAUCUUCAGUGAGACAACAAUGACCCAGAAGAGUCUUGCCCAGCUUGAGGCUGGUACCAUCACUGUGACAAUGGGCAAUGAGGGAAGCGGAAAAUGGGCCAUUUCUGAGUAUUCUGAUGAAGGCACCCACAAGAGCGACCUGGAGAUUGUGCUGAACCCCGAAACUGGCAAGAUUACAUUCUCUGCUGUGACCAACAGUGACCUUCUUAAAACAAAGCAGAACAUGAAUGCUGAGGCCACACCUUUCUCUCGCAUCAGCAUGGACGCCCGCACUGAGACUGAGACCUCCUUCAUUAAGAGCAGCAUUGUGGAGCUGAAGGGAGAAGUUCAGGUGGAGGAGGCCAGACUUCUGCUGACUGCCACCCACAACACUGAGAUGACUGGCAGGGUUGAGGGAGUCAUUGCCAACUCACUUGAAUUUGAGGUCACACCCUUCAACGUCCGUUUUGACAGCAAGAACAAGGAGAACACCAAGCUCUCUCUCCCCUUGAAGAUGUCCGGAAAGGUUGAUCUGCAGAAUGAUUUUGCUUUCAUUGUGAACCCUGCUGAGCAGCAAUCCACCUGGACAGGCCUUGCUCGUUUCAACCAGUACAAAUAUUCCCACUUCUUCAGCAUGGGCAACGGCGAGAAGGAGAUGCACGUCUCUGCAACACUCAAUGGCGAUGCUAAUCUUGAGAUGCUGAUGGUUCCCAUUAACAUUCCUGCGAUGACUGUGCCCUUCAUUGGAAUCACCACUCCAUCUGUGUAUGAAUGGUCCCUCUGGGAAGAUGCUGGCCUGAGGCAAAUCCUGAUCACACCUCAGCAGACUUUCACCCUGGACUCCAAGCUGAAGUACACAAAGAAUCCCGAGAUGAUGACGGUUGAGAUCGACAUGGAGCCAGUGUUCAAUGCCAUCAAUAAGAAUGUCAAUGUUGUGCGCAAACAGCUUGAGCAGGGCAAAGACAAGGCAGCUGACCUUCUGUCCAUCUCCUACAACCAGGCCAAGGAGCAGUAUGAGAAGCUAAACAUUGAGGUGCCUAACACCAUCCCUAUGCCUUCCAUUUCCAUGCCAACUCUGCGCAUGCCAGCUGUUCUCCGUAAGUUCAAACUGCCAAAGGUUUCCAUGCCCAACAUGCAGCAGACUCUCCUGAUCCCCACCAUGGGUGACCUGAACUACGAGUUCUCCCUGAAGACUGCCAUGCUCACUCUGAAUGCCAAUGCUGAUCUCCUCAACCAGGACAACAUCAUUGCACGCUUCAAUGCCCAGUCUGCUUCUGAGUUCCCCAUCCUGAACGCUAAGUCAUCUGGAACCUCGACCCUCAACACUGCUGAUGGUAUGAGCCUUGGCACCACACUCUCCUUGGAGCACGCCAUGCUUGAGGGAAGUCACACCGGCACCAUCACCCUGAACAAGGAAGUCACAGAAGCAUCCAUUGCAAAUGUUGCAAAGAUUAACCUGGCCUCAGUGGCCGUUGAGAUCCACCAGGAGCUGACAGGAAACCCUGUGGAGGGCCUGAACAUCUUCAUGUCCUCCCCAAGUGCUGGUCUUCUUGGAGUGCAGAUGCAGACAAAGAGCGCAAACAACCUGAACGGCAGACUUUACAGCAGAUAUCCGUCAGAGCCACAAACUGAUGUGGACAUCCUGGGCAUUGAGAUGAAUGUUGACUCCAACAAACUGAACAUCCAGACAAGCUGGAACAUGGAGGUGCCACGUGAGAUGCUUCUGGGCAUUAAGGAUAGAGUGCCAGAAAUCACUUCCACAUUCAACAUCAAGGAUAUGAUGAGUGAACAAGCUGAUGCUGUCUACAAAAUUAUCGAAAGGCUCCAGCUUUAUUUGCAGCAUGCUGAACAUUACCUCAAAGACCAGGCAGAGCAGAUCUAUGCCAGAGCUGCAGAGAUGAUGAGAGACACUGACCUCGCUGAACUUCCCAGCAAGGUCUCCGAACAUGCCAAAAUCCUCCUGGAGAAGUACGAGACGCUCUUCAACACCCUGGUAGAUGCUGCACUCACCUUCCUGAGGGAGACUAAAUUCCAAGUCCCUGGUUAUGAUGAGAAGCUGUCUGUCUUUGAGAUCUACGCAGAGAUCAGCACCUUCAUUGGUGACUUUACUGAAGAUGCCAUAACAAGAAUUCCUGAGAUGCUGGCUUCUUAUAGUGAGGCUGCAAUCGAGUACAUCAGGAAUGUUGAGUUCACAAUGCCUGGCUCCAGCCACAUCGUCAGUGGAAGAGAAAUCUUGGAUGACCUGACAACCUUUUUCAAGAAGAUCCAACGUCAAAUCAUCACCACCGUGAAGGACCUCAGUAACAUCAGCUUGGAGACCAUUGUGCAGAAGCUGUCAGAGUUUAUGCGCACUGCUAUUGACAGGACAAGAGACUUCAUCACCUCCCUGACAUCACAAGAUCUCAGCACUGUUGUUGAGUGGGCCAAGGAUGUGUACACCGAUUUCAUCAACUCAGGAAUCAUCCGUCGCAUCACUGAUGGAGCUGCUGAAGCUUUGAGUGUCGCCGAGCAAUACUACAUGCAGCUGAAAUUUAGAUUCGAUGAAGUCUUUGUCGACUUCUCCCUUGAACAGCUGAAUGCAGACAUCCAGGCCUGGAUUCAGUCCAUCAUCGAGCGACUCACUGACUUCCAGAACAACAUCUCAGAAUACCUGGUUGAGGUUUCAGAGAAAACCAAGGCUCACGUGACCGUUAGUGACGAUAAGAUUGAUGUUACCAUCCCUUUCCCAUUCAAACUUGCAUAAACCUACAGACUGUCAUCAUGCUGUUAACACCAAACUGAACUCUACUGUCCACCAAAUGUGGUGAAAACUGUCAACUACCUGCCUGAAGUGGCUUGAAAUGAAAGUGAAUGCUGUAUUAAACUAGUAUGCAAUAAGAAUACACUUCCACCAAAUGUUAAUGCUACUUUUGUGUUCUAUUUCUUUUGACUUUAGUCACAAAUUCCCCUCUCAAUGUCUACCUUGUUAUUCUAUUUAAAAAAAAAACUGAAGGUAAAGUAUUAAUAAAGACCAUUUGUACUGCA